AUGAACGGUUCCCUGACCCCCCCGCACUCGACAGCACAAAAACCAAGCAGCAGCAGCUAUCCCCGGCCCCGUCGUUCCAAACCUUCCCUGACGAAGCGUCUGCGGCCUACUGUGCUUCAGAAAGCGGCGACACCUGUUGAUAGGUUCAACCCCGAACAAAUCAUGAAGGUCCCACGGACAGGGAGGGAUCUGCGGGGGUGUACGGUGGCGAAGCGGUGGAAGAUUGUGGACAGCAUUGCAUCGGGCGGUUUUGGCGACGUUUACCGAGUCGUAGACAUUUACAGCCAUCGCAGCUACGCCAUGAAGGUGGAAAAACCCAAACCCUCCCGCUCACCCCUCAAAGUUGAAAUCUCUCUCCUGCGGCAGUACCACGAGCGUGUGCGGAAGCAGAGGGAGGUGGCGGCGUUUCCGGAGAUGGUUGGGCAUGGGAAGUUUACGCUUCCUGGGGGUUGUGAUGAGGGCGAUGGUGAGACGGAGGUCACGUAUUCGUUUUUGGUGAUGGGGUUACUGGGGCCGAGUUUAGCGGAGGUGAAGAAACGCACGCCCGGCCAUCGGUUCUCCGCCAAAGUGACGGCGCACCUCGCCACCAAGAUGCUCGCGGCGCUGCGGGUCCUGCACGGCAUGGGGAUCUGCCACCGGGACGUCAAGCCGGCCAAUUUCUGCACCGCCGGGUUCGACACGUCGCUUCUGACCAGUCACACCCAUGCCGUCGAAGACACCCUCGCAUCCACCGGCAUCCUCCUGAUCGACUUUGGCAUGGCCCGCCGGCACUCCCAUGCCGGGACGCUCAAACCUGCCCGCGCCGGCAUCGGGUUCCGCGGCACCUCCCGCUACGCCUCCCUCCGCGCCCACUCCGGCCUCGAUCUCGGCCCCGUCGACGACUUGUGGUCACUGCUCUACACCGUCAUCGAUUGUCUGAAGGGGGGUUUACCGUGGAGCCGGUUGCGCGCGGAGGAGGUUGAGGCGUGUAAGAGGCGGCAUCAUGCGGGGGAGAUGGAGGAGGGGGAGGAAAAUGUGCUGGAGGGUGUGCCGAGGGCUGUGAGGGUGUUGUGGGACUAUUUGAGUGGGUUGGGGUAUGAGAGUAGGAUUGAUUACGGGCGGGUUGACGCGUUGUUGGAGGGGAUUGGGGAGGCGGGGGAUGGGGUGGGUGAUGAGGAGGAGCGAUGGGAGGUGGGUAGUGGGGAUGGAGACGGGGCUGUGGCGAUGUCUGCAAGUGCGGAUGGGCCGAUGGAGCGCACUGGUAGCCCGCUACUGCCCUUCGAACGGGAUGGACUGCUCAACGACGGCGGGGAGGUGGAAAGUGCGUCGCAACCCACAUCAGUGGAUACCGACCGCCGGCUUCCGAACCAGCCAUCGCCUCUUGCUCUUCAGGUGGAGUCCCACGCCAACGACGCCGACGUUGCAAAGCCCGCACUUACCCAACACGAGACCCAAACCCGGAUACCCUCAGCAUCCGCAUCCCAUCACUCAUCACCGCAUCCCUCAACAUCCCCGGACAUCCCACAGCCAUACCCACGUACACGACAACGAACCACCCGCCCACCUCUCUCCUAUGGCCGGUACCUCGCCUCAACGCCCGCAGAGCCGUACACACGGGUCUCGACAGUUCUAGAAGACCGCCAUGCCGCCCUCCUCCCCCACCCGGGCCCGAAGGCCGACGCAGACACUAUGGAUCAGAUAAUACCAUUGAUGCAGGGGUUGGGGUGUGAAGGAAAGGAGGAGGCCCCGACUUUGGGACCGCCCAUGAGACCGGAUGGGCAGUACAUGCCACGCCCGCCGCCGUCUGCGCCGCCGGAUGCCACCCUGUUCACGCCCAAACAUGACGGCGAUGUCUUUCAGGUCUCCGCGCGGUCGCUGCGACGCAUCGGAGGCACGCGGACGGCCCCGAAGUGGGUCACGCACCUCGAUCCAGACCUGAUCACGUCAAACCACACCACACCACUUCAGACCGCCUCUUCAUCACGGCCUAUGCAUGAGAGUACCCGGUCUCACGGCGACGGCUGA